CUUUUAAAGCAAAUAAUUACUAUUUGAUGGUCACAGAGUUAUUGGAUGUUGAAUAAAAAGGGCAAUAGAAAUCGUUGUGUUUAAGUAUGCUAAUAAUAUAAAUACCACGAAAACAACGAGAACACCACCUCAAAGUGCAGAAGAUGGAAUUGUGUCAGAAAUUCGAUAAUGUCUUCCCGCCGAAAAUUCGCCGUUGGCUCGGAUUGGCGCUAGCAAUUUUCGAUGUUUUUCUUUUUGGUGGUUAUCACUACGGCUUCAAUUCCCUCAUCACAGUCUACAAAUCAGUUGGCGUCUACGCUUACAACUGUACGGAAACUGGCUGCUCUUAUCAUUAUGAUAUGUUCGGAGUUGUUUUCAUGGUUUGGAUGGUGUCACAAAUGUGUCUUAUUGUAUUUGCUGGGAUACUGAUGGAUAAGGUGGGGCUGAGAAUAUUAAAACUGCUGGCAGCUGUAGUAUACUUUACUGGUACCGUAAUGUUUGCAUUUACAACUGGUGAAACAGUGCCACUAUUCUAUGCUGCCGGUAUACUUGUCGCUUUAAGUAGUAUAUGCAGCUUGAUAUGCAAUCAUCAAGUCAGUUCCAUGUUCCCACAGUUUCGUGGUCUUUGUAUAUCGCUUUUGUCUGGAGCGUACGACUCAAGUUCGGUUGUAGCUUAUGUGUUGUCGUUGACCUAUCUUGUAUUCCCAUUCAAAUGGUCGUUUAUUAUUUUGGCUUGCGGCUCAAUAGUUGUUGGCAGUUUUGUGGCACUCUUUAUCCUUACUCAGAAAUCUGAAGAUAUGGGGAAAUUCUCCUCCAUCAACACAGAAGAAGAAAAGUUAUGUGAGAAAACGUCAAUUGAAAGUUCGGGAGAAAUGGAUAUCUAUGGAGAAAUAUCUUCAAUUUUGGAUAAACGUUACCCAUCUUUAUUAAGUUGUGUUUUUUCUUUAUCAUACUUACUGAUUAAUCUUUGGUUUACUUUGGGUUUGUUUCGUUUCUCAUUUUACCUAUCGCACUUAGCAAAACACAUAAAUGAUGCGUAUCCUGACAAGUCAACUGCAGAUCAUUUGUUAAGUAUUUCCUCAGCAUUCUUCAUGUCGAGUUUCUUACUGUCACCAGUUACUGGUCUUAUGAUUGACUUCUGUCUCAAAAGAGCUCGAACGAGCAUUAAGAACAUGCUCACCAACGAACGUGAUUUAGCGAAUCCCGAUAAAAUGUAUUAUACUCUAACACUUGGCCUAGUCCCAGGACAAGGUCUUUUGGCUUUCUCUGCUGUUGCUCUGAGUGCAAUGAUGUUUAUACCUAGUCCUAUAGCUUCUUAUGCAUCGUUUGUAUUCUUGGUUAUAUUAAGGUCACUCUUAUUCAGUUGCUUCAUUAGCUUUCUUCUGUCUGCAUUCCCAAUACGUUAUUUUGGUACAUUGAAUGGCAUUACUAGUGCGGUAUCAGGUUUAAUAUGUCUCUCGACGAAUGCCUUUCUUCGUACUAGCAGAUCUACAGAUAAUUAUGUAACCAUGGCGAUAUCGAUCGGGAUAUUUGUUGUACCUAUUAUUUUUCUAAUCAAAUCAAGACAAUAAAUCAGUCAGUGUUGUGAUCUUAUGAAAAUCUUGUUUUUAUUUUUAUAUUGAGACCCGAAAUUAGAUAUGAAUGCUUCAAUAUUUAAAUUUUGCAACAACUUAUAUGGUGUAAACUUUCGUUAAUUAAUUAAUUUUUUCAAUAAUAAAAAUUUAUGCUGAGGUCCGGUGUUGAAA